AUGGCCGACCAUCCAACUUCCAACGCGGCCAGCCCAGGCUCACUGCAGACCGACGCAGAACCAGCCAUUGAGCAGACCAGCAACACCGCCGAAGACGCCGUCCUCGACAACCAGCAAGAGCGAGACCUCGACGCCGAGAUUCAACCUCCGCCCUCCUCCACAGACACGAUGAACGCCAACGACACCUCAUCGACCACUGCGCCUGCAGCAGCAGCACCACCACCACCACCAGCAUCUGGCACUGAAGCGAACGGCUUGAGCAACAUACCCGCCGUCGUCGAGCCGCGCAUACCGCAGAAGAAGGAUACCUCAUUACGCGAGUUUCUGGGCAAGAUGGACGACUAUGCUCCUCUGAUCCCAGAUGCCGUCACCGACUACUAUCUCACCCUUGCCGGUCUACCUCCUCCACCGGAGACUGACCGCCGACUCGCACGUCUCCUAGCCCUCGCCACUCAAAAGUUCAUCGCAGACAUCGCCGCCGAUGCGUAUCAAUACAGUCGCAUCAGGAGCACGAAUACGACAUCCAACAAUCCUAUGACCGGUCUCGGCGGUGCUGCUGGCUUUGGCAUGAACUUGGCCCAAGGCAGUGGAGAAGGUGAGGGUGGAGGCAAGGGCAAGAAAGACGCUGGAAAAGCCGCUCCUCUCGGUGGCCCUAGAGCAGGGUACGGAGGUGGUGGAGCAGGCGGUGGCCAGGGCCGGACUGUCCUCACAAUGGAAGACCUUGGGAUGGCCGUCGGCGAGUACGGCGUGAAUGUCAAGAGAGGCGAAUUCUACCGGUAA